CCGCCCCAGAGUCAGCCGAGGCGGAGCGGAGCGUUAAGCGGUGCAGAUCCAGGGCCAAGCAGACAGCCGCUCCGCCUUCCGAGUCCGCACAGCCCCGACGGCCCAGCCACGCGCAUGGCACCCCGGGAAACGCACUGAGCCAGGGGUCGCGGCGCCGCAGGUGGCACAAUGGCCCUGGAGCAGGCCCUGCAGGCGGCGCGGCAGGGAGAUUUGGAUGUGCUGAGGUCCCUGCAUGCAGCCAACCUGCUGGGGCCCUCCCUGCGCGACCCCCUGGACGCCCUGCCUGUGCACCACGCGGCCCGCGCGGGCAAGCUGCACUGUCUGCGCUUCUUGGUGGAGGAGGCAGGCCUGCCCGCUGCGGCCCGCGCACGAAACGGCGCCACACCGGCCCACGACGCCGCAGCUACCGGCCACCUCGCCUGCCUGCAGUGGCUGCUCUCGCAGGGCGGCUGCAGGGUGCAGGACAAAGACAAUUCUGGUGCCACGGUCCUGCAUCUGGCUGCCCGCUUCGGCCACCCUGAGGUGGUGAACUGGCUGCUGCGUUACGGCGGUGGGGAACCCACCAUGGCCACAGACACGGGCGCCUUGCCUGUCCACUAUGCCGCCGCCAAAGGAGACUUCCCCUCCCUGAGGCUUCUUGUCGGGCACUACCCUGAGGGAGUGAAUGCCCAAACCAAGAAUGGUGCCACGCCCCUGUACCUGGCGUGCCAGGAGGGCCACCUGGAGGUGACGCAGUACCUGGUGCAGGAGUGCGGCGCGGACCCGCACGCGCGCGCCCACGAUGGCAUGACCCCACUGCACGCAGCAGCACAGAUGGGCCACAGCUCGGUCAUCGUGUGGCUGGUGAGCUGCACCGACGUGAGCCUGUCGGAGCAGGACAAAGACGGCGCCACAGCCAUGCACUUCGCCGCAAGCCGCGGCCACGCCAAAGUGCUCAGCUGGCUCCUGCUGCACGGCGGCGAGAUCUCAGCCGACCUGUGGGGCGGGACCCCGCUGCACGACGCCGCCGAGAACGGCGAGCCGCAGUGCUGCCAGAUCCUGGUAGUGAACGGCGCGGAGCUGGACGUCCGCGACCGUGACGGGUACACGGCCGCCGACCUGUCGGACUACAAUGGCCACAGCCACUGCACCCGCUACCUGCGCACCGUGGAGAACCUGAGUGUGGAGCAUCGAGUACUGUCCCAGGAUUCGUCCACUGAGCUGGAGGCAAAGCAGCCUGACUCGGGCAUGUCCUCACCCAACACCACCAUGUCAGUCCAGCCACAGAACUUUGACCUCAGCUCGCCUGCCAGCACCCUGUCCAACUAUGACUCCUGCUCUUCCAGCCACUCCAGCAUCAAGGGCCAGCGCCCUCCUCCUCGUGGACUUUCCAGCGCAAGAGCCGCAGACAUACAGAACUACAUGGAUAUGCUGAACCCAGAGCUGGGCCUGUCUCAGGGCAAGAUGGGGAGAUCUGUACCCCCGCCACCGCCCCCCAGCUUCCCUCCACCGCCCCCACCCCCAGGCACCCAGCUGCCCCCACCUCCACCGGGCUACCCAGCCCCCAACCCCCCUGUGGGGCUCCAUGCCGCUGACAUCUACAUGCAGACCAAGAACAAGCUCCGCCACGUGGAGACAGAGCCACUCAAGAAGGAGCCGAGCUCCCGCGACCACCACAACGGGCUGCGGAGGCAGGACUCCGGCCGCAAGUCCCGGACCUUCAUCAAGCAGCCCAGCACGGGGGACUACUACCGCCAGCUGGGCCGCUGCACCGGGGAGCCGCUGGCAGCACGCCCGGGCAUGGCGCACAGCGAGGAGGUGCGUGCCCUCCAGCCCGCACCCGCCGGCCGCCCUGGAUCCGGCCCUGCAGCCCGCGCCUCACUAGCCAGCCCCUCCGCUCCCCCGCAGGCGGCUCUGCUCCCGGGGAACCACGUGCAAAACGGCUGCACCGCGGACUCUAAGCCGUCCAGGGAGCUGCCGCCACCGCCGCCGCCGCCGCCGCCGCCCCCGCCUGAGGCCCAGAGCUCGCUGCCGCCUGCCCCACCUCUGCCCUUGGAGGGUGCGGGCUCCGGCUGCGGGCAGCGCCGCUCCUCGUCGUCCACCGGCAGAUGGGGCACUGCUCUGCCUGACAGGCUUCCUGGAAGGUGCCCCCAACCCAGACCAGCAGAAGUGAGAGUCCUGAGGCACAGGAAGAGCACCAAGUCUUUCAACAUGAUGUCCCCAACGGGUGACAACUCAGAGCUACUGGCUGAGAUCAAGGCAGGCAAGAGCCUGAAGCCAACACCGCAGAGCAAGGGGCUGACCACAGUGUUCUCAGGCAGCCGGCAGCCAGCAACCCAGCAUGACACACAGGUGCCACCUGUGUCACCUGCCCCAUCUCGGGCCCGGAGCCCCACUCCACCAGCCGUGGGGCCUCAGCCACUGCUCAAUGGCAGCAUAGUGCCCGCACCACCCGCCACCCCUGCGCCAGGUGUGCAGCUCAAUGUGGAAACGCUCGUCCCAGUACACGACGAGCAGGGCCGGCCCAUCCCUGAGUGGAAGCGCCAAGUGAUGGUGCGCAAGCUAAUGGUGAAGAUGCAGGAAGAGGAGGAGCAGAAGCGGAAGCUGACAUCUGCUAGCUCCUGCUGCUACCCCCCGGAGGGCUGGAGGUACUCCCAGGAGCACAACGCCAUCCUUGGGCCCUUCGGGGAGCUCAUGACUGAGGCCGACAUCCUCCGCAUUGAGCAACAAAUCGAGAACCUGCAGGUACUACACAAGGCUCAGAAGCUGGAAGCACGCCUGGAACAGCUGGAGCUGGAGCUGGAGCAACUGCUGCCCAUCUCAGCCGCCCUGUCGGCUCCACGCUUCACCAUUGACCCCCGCCGCAUGCAUGGCCGCGCCGCCAGCCUGCCUGCUUGGUGCAGCAAGAUCUCCACGCUGCUCAAGAGCAUGGCCACGCUACUGGCUGCACUGGGCGGACGGCCCGCACACCUGGCGGAGCUGCUGACAGCCGAGACUGGCCAGCCCCUGGAGCCGCUGCCUGAUGCACCCUCAGGACCGGGGCCUCUUUGCUUGGGCCGCUCGCACUCUCUCAGCUGGUGCCGGGAGGCCGUGGCGCGCGAGAUCCUUGAGUGCGGCGUUUCAGUGCAGCAACUCCGAGCCACCUAUGAGCUGCGUGCCCAGGGCGCGGCGUCCACCAGCUGCCAGCACCAUAAGUUCCCGCAGCCGGCCAGCACCCCAGACCGUGAGCCCAUCCUGGAGGAGGACUACGUGGCUGCCGGCUCCGAAGAGCAGAGCGCUGCGGUGGCAAACGGACUACUGGACUCUGAAGAGCCCUUGGGUACCUUGGGCCUGCCUGAGGUGCAGGAUCCCCAGGUGGCACUGCCAGAGCCCGAGCAGAUGGCGCACAGGCCGCCACUCUCCGCUGAGCUGCCCGGCGUCCAGGACUACAUCGACAUGCGCAAAGAGCGCAUCGUCUACCUUUUCCUGGAGCAUUGGCGCAAGUGGACCUUCAGGAGUCCUGGGCGCCACACCCAGGUGCGUCUGCGCAAACUUCUGCCUCGCAUUGUGGCAGCAGGCGCUGGCACUGUCCCAGAUGAAGAGGGAGCCUCCCCGCCCCCGGAGGGCGACAAUGAGGCCUACAGUCAGGAUAAGCGGUUGCGGCACUUGCUGAAGCAGAGGCAAGUGGUGGGCAAGUUGCUGGGUCACUGGCGGAGUCUGCUACAGCAAGUACCCGCACGGCAACCACGAGGCCCAGGCCUGGCUCAUGGCCUGUACUGGCCCCAGCACUUCCUGCCACCCCUGGACGGUGGCGCCCCUCGACACUACGACAGCCUCACGCUCGACCUCUUCAUGCUUGGCUACUUCCAGCUGCUAGAGAUGGGCCUCAGCCGCGAGGAGCGCAAGUUCCGCCACUUGCUGUGUUAUGAGAUGUUCGACCGGCUGGGCAGCCACCCGUGGGAGCUCAUCCGCCUCUUCCACCGCGUAGUGAUUGAGGAGGUGGAGGCCGGCAGGCGCAGCUGGAGCGACGGCUUCGAGGACCUCAGGUGCCAGUUCUUUGGAGACAGCCCAGAGGCUGAGCCGGCCAGGGAAGAAGAGAAGGAAACAGAGGAAGAGAAAGAAAAAGAGAAGGAGCCCCCCGAAGAGGCUGUGCCAGCUGACAUGGAGGACCUGACAGAGGAGCAGCCAGAGGCCCCUGCCUCAGCACCACAGCCCCUUCCUGCCACCCAUCCCCCCAACUCAGACCCAUCUUGUCUCCCAGCCCCUGCUGAGGACCCUUUGGAGUUGGUGUCUGAGAUGGGCGAGUUCAGCAAUGAGGACAUCUGUCGCUACAUAGACCGUAGCUUCUCUUUCUGGAAAGAGAAGGAGGCAGAGAUGUUUGACAUCUGAGCACUGAGUUCAGAAUUUACUCUUGAGCGUCUGAACGUGGGUCUGGAUACCUGCAUGAUGCCCUCCAGAAGCCAGAAGCCAGCAGGGGCUGGAAGAACCCAGGACCAGUGAAAAGCUGCUUGCUCAGGACCAGGCUGCCUCAGCCUUCAAGGUCCCCUCCAGACAGGAUAUGGGGCAUUUGCCUGUAUACGCAAGGCAUGGCACUUGACAAAGCUGGGUGUUCCCUCUAGCCCCAUUGCUGAGCUCUGUGGGGAGCCAGGUAGCAGAAUCAGUCCCUCAAAGAGUGAGGGAUCAUGGCCCUAUCUUGGGGCACUGUAGCUGUGUCUCUGGCUUUUCAAUGGGUUUGCAGCUACCUCCUUGGCCACUGUGGUGUUCUGUGUGAUGUGUGAUGUGUACAGACUCUCCUCUGUGACAUCCAAGGAAUAAAGCCCUUUGCUGUAA